AAGAUCCUGCUGAAGAGAGCGGCUUCACCUCAGUUUCAGUUCCUUUACGAAAUAUACCAUGUCGCGGCGGGAACUCACGGAAGACGAUUGGCGCUAUCACAGGCAGAUCUGGGGGCAGCGACGGGAAAGAAUGAGGAAUGGCGAGGCAGUCGUCUUGUACCACGCCACUACUUCUGAAGCGGCGAGCGCGACUCGACAGUGGGACAUGUUCUACCAGGGGAGGGACCGAGGUUACGGGGGCGGACUCUAUUUCGCUAAAUCUAUCGAAGAUGCGAAGCGGCAGGGCGCACUGUCGAAGCUCAGCUCAGUGCAGAUUCUACGCUGUACCGUGAAUCUCGGCGGGGUCAAGUACCAGAAUUGCGAAGGGAAGAACACUUUCUGGGGUCUGCUGAAGGAGGGGAAGGACUCGGUUUGCUUGACCCACAUGGACGGUGAUGAGUACAUCGUCUUCAAUUACGACCAGAUUGUCGAUGUCAAUGUCGAUGCCAGUGUAGCUGACUCCGAGGACGUCGUCGUCGGUGGCUCUGUCGAGGAGCUGUGCGGAAAGUUUGGGCCUCUGCUGGUGGAACAGGCAGAGUUUGCGGGCAGUGGAGGACGAGUUUUGGCUAUGGCGGCUCAGCAGGAAGUGGAAGACGAGAAGAAGAAGAAGGAGAAAAAAAAAUUUGUAUCAAAAACGAAAACGCCACUCUUCAGCUCGAGCAAAGACUUGUCAUGCGGCACCGCUGUGCACGCCGAAGGAUCUGGGAUCUCUCAUGAGUAGACUUAUCUAGGUGGUGCGUAGCAGUGUAGUGACUGAGCACGGCGAACGUCUACGCUGCGUGAGUAUACUCAUACGCAUAAGGGAUUGCCGCCGACAUGCUCUUGCGUCCCGCCUUGCAUGGAAGGGAAAGGCACCUGUGGUCAAAUUUCAGCAGCAAAGACUUACGUUUCGAGUAGAAUGAGAGGGGAUUUUUGCUCACGAUAGUAUGACUGGAAUGACCUCAGUGAAGAGGAGCAAAAAGAGCACAGAAAGUUGUGGGCACGUCGCCGCGAACGCCUGAAGAAUUCUGCUCCACGAGAAUUGUUUCACGCAACGAAACCCGAAUUUGCCGUGAACAUCCGGAAGGAGGAAAAAUUUUAUCGCGGACAGUGGGGGCUUGGCGGUGCCGGCAUUUACUUUGCGACUACGAUAGACGACGCGAUCCGAAAGUCCAACAUUCCGAAAGCGGACAAGGAGGCCGGCAAGGUGCGAGUUUUGAAGUGCAUGGUGAACCUCGGUAACGUUAAGAUGCAGAAUGCCAAUGGUUGGAAUUCCUUCUCGAGUCUGAUGAGGGAGGAGAAGGAUUCCGUUUGUCUGACGCACCGACGUGGCACCGAGUACAUCGUGUUCGACUACAACCAGGUGACCGACAUCAAGAUCGACGACUACGACAUGGGCGCCAGUGGCCGGUUUCAUCAGCUGCGACGCGAAGAAGACUUCGUGGCCUCACCCGCCCCGCGCUUCGGCGAUUCGCCGCCAGUGCUCUAUCGCGGUCUCACCGAUGACGUCACUGCUGGGUUUUCAGGUUUGCUUCGCGCACACUGUCCCGAGCUUGAUCGCUACAAUUAUUGAGUCCGCGUCUCGUGAUAUUGUCGUUGUCCACAGGAUAAAGAGUUGGUUUUUUCAUGGUUAUGUAGUUUUGCUUUCGUAUUCCAUAUGAUGAUGGGUCUGAAACUGUGAACUCUAGAGGCACAUUGCCAGCGGAAUUAGUGACCUUUCCAGAGCAGGACAAACGAUGUGGUUGUGACCGAAUAUUUUUGCGCUGCGUCGAGGAAACACGGCCAGAGAAACGGCCAUCCGAAGUCGGAGCCACUUUUGCGCUGGUGAACAAAGGUCGCGCCAUUGGUG